AUGGAGACGCACAUCUCGUGCCUGUUCCCGGAGCUGCUGGCCAUGAUCUUCGGGUACCUGGAGGUGCGGGACAAGGGCCGGGCAGCGCAGGUGUGCACGGCCUGGCGGGACGCCGCCUACCACCGCUCCGUGUGGCGGGGCGUGGAGGCCAAGCUGCACCUGCGCCGCGCCAACCCCUCGCUCUUCCCCAGCCUGGCGGCGCGGGGCAUCCGGCGGGUGCAGAUCCUGUCGCUGCGGCGCAGCCUGAGCUACGUGAUCCAGGGCAUGGCGGAGAUCGAGAGCCUCAACCUGAGCGGCUGCUACAACCUCACCGACAACGGGCUGGGCCACGCCUUUGUGGCGGAGAUCGGCUCGCUGCGGGCGCUUAACCUGAGCCUCUGCAAGCAGAUCACCGACAGCAGCCUGGGCCGCAUCGCCCAGUACCUCAAGGGCCUCGAGGUGCUGGAGCUGGGCGGCUGCAGCAACAUCACCAACACCGGCCUCCUACUCAUCGCCUGGGGUUUGCAGCGCCUCAAGAGCCUCAACCUGCGCUCAUGCCGCCACCUCUCUGACGUGGGCAUUGGGCACCUGGCGGGCAUGACCCGCAGUGCAGCUGAGGGCUGCCUGGGCCUGGAGCAGCUCACGCUGCAGGACUGCCAGAAGCUCAGCGACCUCUCACUAAAGCACCUGGCCCGAGGGCUGGGACGCCUCCGCCAGCUCAACCUCAGCUUCUGUGGGGGCAUUUCAGAUGCGGGGCUGCUCCACUUGUCCCACAUGAGCAGCCUGCGCAGCCUCAACCUGCGCUCCUGCGACAAUAUCAGCGACACAGGCAUCAUGCAUCUGGCCAUGGGCAGCCUGCGCCUUUCGGGCCUUGAUGUUUCCUUCUGUGACAAGGUGGGGGACCAGAGCCUAGCCUAUAUCGCACAGGGCCUGGAUGGGCUGCGUUCCCUCUCCCUUUGCUCCUGCCACAUCAGCGAUGAGGGCAUCAACCGUAUGGUGCGUCAGAUGCAUGGGCUCCGCACACUCAACAUUGGCCAAUGUGUCCGUAUCACUGACAAGGGCCUGGAGCUCAUUGCAGAGCACCUCAGCCAGCUCACAGGCAUUGAUCUUUAUGGCUGCACCCGCAUCACUAAGCGGGGCUUGGAGCGCAUCACCCAGCUGCCCUGUCUCAAGGUGCUCAACCUGGGACUUUGGCAAAUGACUGAGAGCGAGAAGGUCAGGUGAGAGGAGGGGGCACCUGGAGACCUCCAUCCUCUCUGGAGGGACUCACUGACUGACUGCUGCAAUGGAGGAGAGAGAGAGUGGAGGGAGGGCACACACAGAGCCAUGCUACCUGUCCACUCCAGCACUGGAAGGAGGGAGGGAUAGAGAGAGCCCACCCCUAUCCUUUCCAUGCCACCUACCCACCUCUGCACUGGCUGGGGCAGGAGAGGGAAGAGAGAGAACCUCCAUUUCUUCCAUGCCAUCACCAGCCCUCCAUUGGGAAAUACAGUACCCCUUUCCUCAUCCUUCUCUGCAUUGGGGAUAGAGGCCUGCAAUUUUACGCACUGGGGCUGGAGAUACCCCUCCCCAUUCCAGCUAUGAUUCUACCCCCUCAUGCACUAGG